GUCAUCUUAUAAAAAGCCAGCUGGCCAUUGAUUUUACACCAGAUCAGAGGGACCAGGAAACCUGUUCUUCACUGCGUACCAGGUCCAGCCUCUUGUGAACCAUGAGCUCCCACCAGCAGAAGCAGCCCUGCACCACACCCCCCCAGCUUCAGAAGCAGCAGGUGAAACAGCCCUGCCAGCCUCCACCCCAGGAACCAUGUGUUCCCCAAACUAAGGAGCCAUGCCAACCUAAGGUUCCUGAGCCAUGCCACACCAAGGUUCCUGAGCCCUGCCACCCCAAGGUUCCUGAGCCCUGCCACACCAAGGUUCCCGAGCCCUGCCACCCCAAAGUUCCUGAGCCCUGCCACACCAAGGUUCCUGAGCCAUGCCACACCAAGGUUCCUGAGCCCUGCCACACCAAGAUUCAUGAGCCAUGCCACCCUAAGGUUCCUGAGCCAUGCCACACCAAGGUUCCUGAGCCCUGCCAAACCAAGGAUCCUGAGCCAUGCCACCCCAAGUUUCCUGAGCCCUGCCAAACCAAGGAUCCUGAGCCAUGCCACCCCAAGGUUCCUGAGCCAUGCCACACCAAGGUUCCUGAGCCCUGCCACACCAAAGUUCCUGAGCCAUGCCAAACCAAGGUUCCUGAGCCAUGCCACACCAAGCUGCCAGAGCCAUGCCACACCAAGCUGCCAGAGCCAUGCCACCCUGACGUUCCUGAACCAUGUCCCUCCACGGUCAUCCCGGCACCAAUUCAGCAGACCAAGCAGAAGUAAUGUGGUCCUUGAUGCUGAAUCCCCUCUCCCAUUCUGCUUGAGUGCCAUUUUCCUUGUAAUUAGUAUGAUGUUACCCUGAGUUACAAUCCUUCCUCAGUUGCCCCCUAAAAAUAUGUUCUAUGAACCCUUCCUUCCCAAACACUCCAGACCUCUGAGCUUCUGAAUGAGGCUGAGGG